AUGACACUCCUUGCUCAGCCAGUCAUGGCUACGAUGCUGCCGGUGGAAAUUAUUCAAUCGAUUCUUCUCUACAUGGACAUUGAAACAUACCUCGCUGCGCGUUUGACGUGUAAAUCCUGGAGAUACGCGGCGUCCACUUCGCUCAUGACAUACAAAACCGUGCAGCAAAUCCCCGUCGCGCUACCACCAACAAUCCGCGAACUGAGUGAGAAUGAAUGGGGCACCUAUCUCGACCAGAUCGGGCGGAUCAAUCUAUUGGGGUUCCGGAAUCACGUGGAGAGGACAGUGACAUCUCGAAGCCGGACAAAUACCUGGACGGCGCCUGCAACAGCAAGACUGGGAUACCGAGGUCGGGGAGCCGUUAGAUCGAAGGGAUCGCCGGGAGUCGUGGACGAGAAUGAAAUCAAACAACGGCUACUCCAAUUUCCACUGGCUUCGUCACUCUAUCCCCUUUGGACGUCAGUCUGUCGCGCAUUGUCCGACGGGUGCAACGAUAGGUGGAUGAUGAAACAACAGCAGAGUGCGCAGCCGCAUCUUGCUCUCUCUACUGAUGGCCGCAUUCUGGCUAUAGGAUUCGGUAAAAGGAUCCAGGUGUUUAGCGCUUUGGACGACAAUUGUGCAAAGAAUGAAUCCUCCGUCGAGUAUCUGAUCAAGGAUGAUGUCCACGGAAUCAUUGAAUCACUAGAAUUCGAAGAAAAUGACAAGCUGCUCCGACUCGUUAUUGGGCAACAACCGAGCCGAGUCCGUUAUCUAGGUCUACCAUCACAAGCCUCAGAGAAGGCUGAUAUGAGCUACUGGCGCAAAUGCAUUGAUCGUAUUUAUCUGGAUUCGAUCGAACUAGCAAGGCAUCUCAGUCGAUCAAGCACGACAAGAUUAGUGCUGACCGGCUUACGACUUCUUCCAAUCUCCGAGGAAACUGGCAAUAUGUCAGGCUCAGGAAGCGAAGUACACCGGCAGUUCACGGCAUGUCUUCAAACCGGACAUAUAGAUUCCUACUGUAUGGGAUCGAUAUCAUUCUUCCAUACCGUAGACGUCAGCGGCAUGCUUUCCGCAAGCAUCGACCGCCUUCUCCCAUCGAAGCAGUUCCAGCCAUACACCGCGAAAUCUCGUAAACACUCUAAAGCGGAACAGUCGACUGUCCCAGCUCAUUCUCUUCCAUGCGCCACUGUCAACCCAGAAUACACCUACAGCUACGGUGACGAUGCUCCUCGAAAAGACUACCAACUUACAAACAUACCGCGCUGGGACCACAUCAACCUACCAUCAGCCACCUGCGAUGCCCCGCAACUAGCCAUUUCAGACGACAGCCGCAUACUAGUAGUCUACGAACCGUGCGCCUCACCCAAGGGCCAAGGCGGCUCGGUGUAUGUCUAUAACAUCGAACCAUGCAUACCCAUCUACCAGCCGUUUCCCCGCACAAAACCCCAGAAUCAAGUUGAUUGGUCGAUUUUCGGACAAGACUUUGGCGGGUUGGGCCUGUGCUUCGUGUUCAGUGCGGCCUUUGACAUGAUCAAGUCCAAAAUGACUGACGUCAUUCCUUCGUGGCCUUUCCUUUUGGACAGGAUUGAUGCGGAUAUUAAUAACUUGAAAGUUACGCGUGACACAGGCGAGGGCCUGAAUGACUGCUACAUUAUUACCGCUAAAUCUGCAGAGGGGGAUAUCGAGUGGAAAUCGAAUCGCAGUUAG